AGGCUGGGACGCCCGGAGCGAGUGCGCCCACUUUUAUACCCUUGUGCACGCGAGAGAAAGAGACCCACAUGCAAGGCCCCCUCAAUCAAUCCUUUCCAUGUGGGUCCACCUGGAUUAAAAUCAGAGUCCAAGGAUCGGGCUAUUUCCACUCCUGGAGACCCAAGCGAGAGUUUCUGGCUUCUUCAGCUCCACGGACAAACAGCAAGAGGCCUUUCCCAAGCCCUGCGGCGGCGGCAGCGGCGAUGGAUUAUUCCUACGACGAGGACCUGGACGAGCUGUGCCCCGUCUGCGGGGACAAAGUCUCCGGCUACCAUUACGGGCUCCUCACCUGCGAGAGCUGCAAGGGCUUCUUCAAGAGGACGGUGCAGAACAACAAACACUACACGUGUACCGAGAGCCAGAACUGCAAGAUCGACAAGACGCAGCGCAAGAGGUGCCCCUAUUGUCGGUUCCAGAAGUGCCUCGUGGUGGGCAUGAAACUCGAAGCUGUGCGUGCCGACCGCAUGCGAGGGGGCCGGAACAAGUUCGGGCCGAUGUACAAGCGGGACCGGGCUAUGAAGCAGCAGAAGAAAGCGCUGAUCCGCGCCAACGGCUUCAAGGUGGAGACGGCGCCUCCGCCCAUCGUGUCCCCAGUGCAGGCGGCGGACUACGGCGGCCUGCCCGCCUCGCUGCACGGCCUCGCCCACCACCCCGGGGUGGCCAAGGGGCUGCCCCCGCCCAGCGCCACCGCCAUGACGCCCGUCGAUUACGAGCGCAGCCCCUACGGGACGCCCGCCCUGGCCGUGCCGGUGCCCGCCGGCCACGUGGCGCUCUCCGGCUACCACUACCAGCCCUUCGCCAGCCGGGCCAUCAAGUCCGAGUUCCCGGACCCGUAUGGGGCCCACCCUCACGAGGCCGCUCCGGCCUACCCCUAUCCCGAGGCCUACCCCGGUGGCGGCUCCCCGGUGAUGGCGCCCGACAUCCCCGACGUGAUCCUGAAGCUGCUGCAGCUGGAGCCCGACGAGGCGCAAGUCAAGGGCCGCAUCCUGGCCUGCCUGCAGGAGGAGCAGAGCAAGAGCCGCCACGAGAAGCUCAGCGCCUUCGGCCUCAUGUGCAAGAUGGCAGACCAGACGCUCUUUGCCAUCGUGGAGUGGGCACGGAGCUGCAUCUUCUUCAAGGAGUUGGAGGUGGGAGACCAGAUGAAGCUGCUGCAGAACUGCUGGAGUGAGCUGCUGGUCUUCGACCACAUCUUCCGUCAAGUGCAGUAUGGGAAAGAGCACAGCCUGCUGCUGGUGACGGGCCAGGAGGUGGACAUGUCAACCCUUGCCACACAGGCAGGAUCCAUCCUGAACAACUUGGUGCUGAGAGCACAGGAGCUUGUGCUUCACUUGCAUUCCCUGCAGGUAGACAGGCAGGAGUUUGUCUGCUUGAAGUUCCUAAUUCUCUUCAGUCUUGAUGUGAAAUACGUGGAGAAUUCGAGUGUAGUGAAGGACGCCCAGGAGAAAGCCAAUGCAGCCCUGCUGGAGUACACCCUCUGCAACUACCCCCACGCCACAGACAAAUUCCGGCAACUGCUGAUCCGGCUGGCCGACAUCCGAUCGCUCAGCAUGCAGGCAGAAGAGUACCUGUACCACAAACACCUGAGCGGAGAGGUGCCUUGCAACAAUCUGCUGAUCGAAAUGCUUCAUGCCAAGCGGACUUGAGGGCGUAAAGGAGACCCCUUGUUUUCCCCCUCCUGGGGAAGAGACUCUGAUGCCCGAGAUGCAGGGGUGGUGGGAGAGAGGUCAGGCCGGGGGGGGAGGGCAGCACGGCAGGGUGAGCGUCUCGUGGCCUCCUCCCCCACGGGCGGGCUCGCCCAGCAGUUCUGUUUCUAAUCUGUGCCCUUGAGAAGCUCCAGGCUGGUCAUUUCCCUCAUCCGGCAGCCGUGGAUGUGCACAAGUCUGCCGAGGGUCGCCCACAUGUGUUUGGUUCAAGGCUUGGUUCUCUUGCAUCUGAAAACAGCAAGGCUCAACUCCGUAGGGCUGCCCUUGAAGACUGUUUGGAGAUCACAGCUGGGUGAGGGCGGGCUUCCUAACUGGGUGGGAGAGGGGUAACCCAGUCCUUGUGUGAGGAGGAGGAGGAGGAUCUAUGCCAGCUCUCCCCCCUGCUGUCCGUGCAUGGUUCUAGCUAUGUUGCCUCUGACUGGGAAAGAUGGGGAAAGCCAGGGUACAGCUACCCCAUUCCAUGUGUCCCUCUACAGUUGAUGGAGGUGGCCACGAGGAUGUCUGUGGGGCGUGUGCUACAAUGAGGGUUUGCAGAGAGAGAGAGAGGGUUUUGUUGUGGGCGCCUCAGAAACGUGGCACCCCCUUUCCCUCUUGGGGCUUCAGCAGUUUGGGAGAUGAUGCAAAUCUUUCUCUCUCUGGUCUAUGUGGCUGCGAGUUGAGCCAGUUAAUGUUUUUUUAUUUACUUCAGUUAUCUGUUAAUUUUAACCUCUCUUGUAUUUGAAAUCCUCAUUUCAAGCACAUUACAUUCUCUGAACUGCCGGGUCUGCGUUGGGAGGGUACUAUAACUUCAGUAGCUUAUGAUUGUACCUUAAAUGUGUUUUCGGUCUGUGCACCCUUAUAAACAGGUGCUCAGAUCCACUGUCCAAGAAAAGAAAACUCUGCCUGUAUUUUUUUUUUACUCCCUAGAGGGCCUUACCUGGGCAGGUUGCUGCUCUCCUGCAGCAAGUCUCUGACCCCGAUCUGGCUCUCUAGACACAACUAUUUCUGUAGUUUUUGACGGACAGGCAUUGCUUGCUCUGUCAGUAACUUUGUGAAUUCCUAUGAUGCAGACACUCAUGCCUGCAGGGCUGCUGUCAUUCAUUCCUGGGGGAGACCCACAGACACUGGUGUGCUUGUUGGGCUCUGGCUUAAGGCAGGGGGCUGCAGUCCUCCAUUGCAAGAUCCUCCGUGCACAGUGGGGGGGGGCUUACUCUAGAGCAGCCUUCCCCAACCUCAUGCGCUUCAGUCGGUAGGCGUUAUGGUCCAACGCAUACAGAGGGCACCAAGGUAUUCCUACAGCAAAAUAUUCAGCAUUGCAAAUGUGUCAUAGCACCAAACAGCACCUGUUCCACAUUAAUCCUUGUUGUGAAAGGCGUGUGUAUGAGUAGAAGUACUUAAAAAAAAAGUAUUUUGGCUUCUGCUCCCCCCCCAAAAACCAAGCUUCCUAUAGGCAUAUUGUCCUUUUGGGGGGGGGGGAGGUGGCAUUCUUUCCAAAUAACUCUCUAUGUCCAUAAAUGCAUUUCAGGUCCUGUAUCCUCCAGGUUACCUUUCCUGGCAGUUGCUGCCAGCCAUCACCCCAAGAGCAGAUGCGUUUGCUAAAAGUGCACUUUUAACACCCUGCCUUUCAGUUUUCCUGUUCCAAAAUGGUCCUUCCGGCUGGCCCUACCUGGGACACCUUGCUCUGUGCUGUGCUACUUGAUUGCUUGAAGAGGUUGCUUUCUUGCUCUCUUGGAUGGGAAGGAGGGGGGAACUAGACCAGCUUUUCCCCAAGGUGGUGCCCUCCAGGCAACUCCCAUCAUCUCUGGCCAUUGGCCGUGCUGUAGCUGAGGCUGAUGGGAGUUUUAGUCUAGCAUCAUCUGGAGGGCACCAGCUUGGAGAAGGAUGAUCUAGAAUCUGGGAAUCCUGGUUGCCAUAUUGCUGCAGCACCCCUUUCCCCCCCAAACCCCCCCCCCAAGCACGAGUUUGAGCAUGUUUUUCUUGGGACUAGCUAGUGACUGAAAUGCAUGCAAUUUUGAGAGUUAAAAAGUACUUGUCUGGAUGUUCAGGAAAGAUGGACAGUGCUUUGCCCGGGCAGGGAUCAGCCGUGUUUGUUCCUGUUGCUGUAAUUUGGUAAGGGCCUUACUGGACAUGUCUGAACCCCUAAGCACAAAACAGGAGUGAAAAUUGGUAGUGAAAUAUGGCUGUCACUAGUCAAAUAAGCAGGCUUUGGGUUUGUUGUGAAGGCUGCACCCAAAUGGAGGUGGGAGUUCUGUCUUCGAUUGUUUCCCUGUCUCCACGAAAGUACUCCCCACCCUGCAAAGCGUACCGACAACCUUUCCCCUGCAAUCUGACCUGGAUUUGGAGGUGGUCCAUCAGAGCCAAGCAUCAGGCUGCCGUGUGCCUUCCUACCAGACCUUUGCAAAGCCUUGAUGAAGCCUUUGGAUGCUUUGACUAUGCUGCUGUGAUUGCUUCAUUUUUCUGUGUUUAUUGAUGAAAUUUUGCUGCAUUUUCUGCUCCAGAUGUAAUGUUUGGGCUACCUUUUUGUGUAUGUUGUGGUUUGAAAGAGUUGGGGAAUAUAGUUUGGAAGUGACAAGCUGUGUGUGUGUCCCCCAUUCUGAAAUGAAAAGUGCUCUUAAGUGUGUCCCUCUUUCUCCCUCCUCACAAUUUUUUUGCUUUCCAUUAUCAGAAGUCCUUCUGAGGAAGGAGAAUUAGGAUGAACUAUCUUGCCAAAUAAAACAUUCCAAUAAAUUU